AUGUUAUCGGCUCAAUGGAACUUACAAGAGAAAAUUGACUCCAUAAUCCCAACUGACCACGAUGGAAUUUCUAUUGCUUUGGAAAAUUUAAGGGCUCUGAUUCCUUCUAGUAAAGAUAAAACUUUGAAAACCGCAAGGGGCAAGGACCAAGGGCGUUCUAAACUUAAUGAAUUUCAAAUUAAGGCUUAUUGGGAACGAAAAAAAAGAGUAGACACCAAAGAAUUAGAAUUAGCCAAGGCUCUGGCUCAAUUAGAAAGCAAACCCGGGAAACCUUGGGAAGCACCCCUCAGCGAUGACGAAAUAAAAGACAUUAAUGGUGCCGAAAAUACUGGUCUUAAUCCGGUUCGUCCAAAUAAUACUGGUCUAAUAACUGGUUAUCUUAAUCCUAAAUUGCCAAGUGAAGCCGACCAAGCUUGGGAAAAUGAGUCAGAAGAGGAUAUUAAAAGGCUAAGUAGCGAAGGAGAAAUUGCUGAAAAAGUUAAGAGGUUAGAAGAAAUUAAAAAAACUCUUCCAAGUGAUUUAACAAUUAAAGAUUUAAAAGACAAUGACAAUUUGAUUAAAUUAAUUAACGACCAAGUAAAUAUUGAAAAACAGAAAUUAAUUGACGAGAUUGUUGUGGCAGAAACAGAUGAGCAACUGACCGAAGCCGAGAAUAAAAUUAGCAAGUGGGACGGACAAAGCAAGAAUCAAUUAGUUAAAUUGCUAGAACUAAGGAAAGUUUUUCGCAAAGCUGCUGAAGUACUUGGAAAAUCUGAUGCUCCAGAAGAUGAAUUGAAAGCAAAAAUUAACGAACUAGAAACUUUUUUUAAAGAUAAAGAUAAAAAAGGAAAAUCAGAGACUUUCGCUGGUGAAGUCUUGACGAGAUUAGAAGCCUUGGACGCCUUGGAGAUAGAACUGGAUAAGAAAGUUGUAGUACCAUAUACUGUUUUUGGUGGACUUGGCGGUGGCGACGGGGAAUUAAAAAUAAAAAAAACACGAGUGGAUGCUAAAGAGUUAGAUUUACUUCGCCAAAGAGCCAAAAAAGUAGAUGAUAAUGGAGUUAAGUGGAAUGGAGAGUUAGUGGAGGAAGAUCAAAAACUAAUCGACGAUGCUGAGAAAAAAGAUUUGAAAAAGAUUCAGACCAGAAUUCGUCUCGAAAGACCCUGA